CCCUGUGACCCCUGACCCCCUGUGACCCCAGGCUGCAGCGUGAAGGUGCACAGGGGAUGUCGUGACGGCCUUCCCGUCUGCUCCAAGGCGAAGCUGCGGGACAAGUACGGACAGAUCCGGCUGUCGGGCUCCAACAAGGACAUCCCGGCGGCGGCGGCGGCGGCUUCCGGCAAAUAUGGCCUCACGAGGGGGCGGCCCCAGUCGGCCUACCUGCCGGACAUGGGGGGCGGCCGUGCGGCCAUCAACGCCGCCUCCAUGCGGGGGCGGCUGCCGUCCACCAGCUCCGCUCUCGCUAAGAGCAUCUCCACCAAUCAGCUGCACGGAGCGCCGGCGUCCACCGACCGGAAUGGGUUCCACCGUGGCCGGUGGCAGUCGACGGAGUCGCUGUCCCUCUUCAGCCGGCUCAUGGGCAACUCCAUGGAGUCGCUGCCAGACGAUGGGGACGUGAUCGAGUGCAGCCUCAUGGGCAGCCUGGAGGAGGACGCUCGCUACUUCGAGGCCGACUCGUGGAGCGUCGCCGUGGACGCCAAGUUCAUCAAGAGGCAGAACAAGGACGAGAUCAAGAGGCAGGACGUCAUCUACGAGCUGAUGCAGACGGAGAUGCACCACAUCCGGACGCUGCGCAUCAUGGCGGACGUGUUCGGGCGAGGCCUGCGCCAGGAGUUGGGCUGGACGGCGGAGAUGGUGGAGCGGCUGUUCCCGCGGCUGGACGACCUCCUGGAGCUGCACACGCACUUCAUCGCGCGCCUCCUGGAGCGCCGGCGAGACAGCCUCGAUCCGGGCAGUGACCGCAACUUCACCGUCACGCGCGUUGGCGACGUCCUCAUGGGCCAGUUUUCGGACGACAACGGGGACGCGAUGAAGGACACCUAUGGGGCCUUCUGCAGCCAGCACUGCGAGGCCGUGCGCUUCUACAAGGAGAACUUCGCUCGCGAGAGGAAGUUCCAGAGUUUCAUCCGGCGCCAGAGUUCCAACGCGCUGGUGCGGAGGCUCGGGGUGCAGGAGUGCAUCCUCCUCGUCACCCAGCGCAUCACCAAGUACCCGGUGCUCAUCGACCGCAUCCUGCGCUCCACCAGGGAGGGCUCGGCGGAGCACGAGGAGCUGACGCGGGCGCUGGCGAUGAUCCGCGGCGUCAUCUCUGCGGUGGACGAGCGCGUGAGCGAGCACGGCAAGCGCCUGCGCCUCAUCGAGCUCUACAACCGCAUGGACAGCAAGGCGGGGACGCGGCUACGUGACGGCGCCACCUUCACCCGCGCCGACCUCAUGGCCAAGCGGCUGGUGCACGACGGCACGCUCGGCAUCCGCACGCCCGCCGGGCGCUCCAAGGAUAUCCUGGCCGUGGUGUUCACGGACAGCCUCGUCCUCCUGCAGGAGAAGGAUCAGAAGUACAUCUUCCCGUCGCUGGAGACGAAGCCGGCGGUGAUCUCGCUGCAGAAGCUGAUCGUGCGGGAGAAGGCCAACGAGGAGAAGGGCCUCUUCCUCAUCAACGCCUCGGCCGCCGUGCCGGACAUGUACGAGAUCUACGCGUCGUCGCGCGAGGAGCGACAGUACUGGCUCUCGCUCAUGCAGCGCGCCAUCGCCAGCUGCCCGGACAUCGACGAGGGCGUGCCGAGCGAGACGGAGGAGGACAAGAAGCUCACCGACGCCAAGAAGCGGAAGGCUCGCGAGUUCCAGGGCCGGCUGGCGAGCCGCGACGCGGUGAUGCGUGCCGUGCUGGAGGAGAAGCUCAAGAUCUACGCCGAGAUGGCCGAGUACUUCAGCUGCGAGGAGCCGGCGGCAGCACCGGCGGCGGCGCCGGCGGCGGCGGCCGAGGGCUCCGCCGCCGCCGCCGGCGGUGCCGUGGCGCACCGCACGCUGCUCCGUCUGGACAGCGCGGAGCUCCGUGGGGAGCCGCUCCUCAACAAGGGGCUACAGGAGGUGGAGAACCUCCAGAAGAUGAUCGCGAGCGCCGUCAGCUGCUACCAGCGGCAGAGUCACGACGGCAGCGCCGCGGCUCACGGCCCGGCGCUGCCCAAACGCGCCGAGACGUUUGGCGGCUUCGACAGCAGCACGCUCAAGCGGCACGACCCGGGUAAGGACGACCCGUCACGAGGCUCGUCCCCGACCCAGCAGCAGGAGCUCCGGCGCACGGAGUCCGACUCCGUCAUCAAGAAGCACCGAGGCGGUGCCGGCCACAUCGGCAACUUCCUGCGCACGCCGCUGGACAUCGAGGCCAUGCAGAGCUCCAUCUUCAUCUUGACACAGACGAUGUACAGCCUGCAGGCCGUGAUAGCCCAGCAGGACUCGUUCAUCGAGACGGCGCGAUGCGGCCGCCACGCCGCCGCCGCCACCGCCGCCGCCGCCGCCGCUCAGGACGACGACCCCAACCGCACGCUGCGCCGGGGGGGCCCGGCAAACGUGGUGAGCCGCUCCGACACGGUGCGGGAGCGCGUGCCGCGGAGACGCCGCGCCGACGACGGCGGCGGCGACGCCGGCGCGGCCGCCGCGGGGUCCCGGCGGGGCUCUGCCGAGGAGCGGCAGGGGGAGGAGGAGCAGGAGGAGGAGGCCGGAUGGAGCCGCGAGGAGCUGCGGUUCCGGUUGCUCGAGUGCGAGGCCGAGUGCCGCAAGAUCAAGGAGCAGUUGCUCAGCAUGGAGAGCGGCGGUGAGGAGGCGGAGGAGGAAGCGGAGGGGGGGGAGAAGCGGCCGGGCGAGCCGCGGCGAGCGCUCCGGCACAGCCGGCAGAACAGCCUCCCCUGUGCCACACUGCUCACACAGGAGCAGCCGCCCUCCCUGCAGCAGCGCCGGGGCAGCGUGGGUGCGGCCUGCCUCGCCCUCCCGGCGGAGCGGAGACCUCCCCCACCCACCCUCACCGUGGACGGCCCCGACGGCGGCGCCGGCGGCGUGCCGGUCGGCACGGCCGCCCCCGUGCCCUCCUCCCGGCGGCCCCGGUCCAAGUGCCUCUCCCCUCCCGGCAAGGGACUGGCCGCCGGGCCUACCAGGGAGGAGGAGGAGGAGGAGGAUUCGGACGAGUCCAAGACACCCACCAACAUCCCUUCAUCUCCCCCCUCCUCGCCAGACUCGGCGAGGAAGAGGAAGAGGGGCUCCUUGCCGGCCGCCAUCCCGCCCGGCACGCUCCACGAGCAGCUGCAGGCGCUGCAGCUGGAGCAGCAGCAGCAGGGGCAGCAGCAGCAGCAGGGGCCAGCGAGCGACGACCCCAGCGCGACCCCGGCGACCGGCGGCGGCCGGGAGCCGCGGCGGCGGUGUCGCGACGGCGCGGGGGGACGGAACUCCGGCGGCGAAGAGGAGGAGGACGACGACGAACUUUACUUCUGACGACGACCAACUUUACUUGUGACGACGACCAACUUUACUUGUGACGACGACCAACUUUACUUGUGACGACGACCAACUUUACUUCUGACGACGAGGGGUGGGGUGGGGGGUGCGCGGGAAGCGGGCCGUAGGGAAUGAUAGAAAUUAAAUGUAAACGGUAAAGUUUAAAAAAAGACAAAAACACUCCCCGGAGCGGAGGGCGCUGGUCGAGACUCACCUCCGUGGGGUGCCAAACGACGAGAGGAGAGAAACGGGCGACGGUGGGGAGAGACGUAACGAGACGUUCAUGGCGGGUCGUCGUCAUCCUCCUCGUCGUCGUUGUGCAGCGGUAGGGAGACGUCCCUGGGUCCACGGACGCGUUUGUUACUCGCCCCCCGUGCCUUGUGGCGUGCGUCGUGCGAUGCCUUCUCCCUCUCCCCCACCCACCCCGUGACGGCCACCCUCCCCCACCCCGUGGAGGAGAUGGAAUUGACCGCCUCGCGGCAGCGGCGGCUUUCAGAACGGACGCGGCGGCGGCAGCGGCUGUAGCGGCAGUGGAAGCGGCAGCAGCAGUAGGAACACUCCUCAGUAGUAGCAGCAGCAGUAGGAACACUCCUC